UUACAGUCAGUCCACAGGGCUGGAGAGUUGUGUAUAAACUCUGACACGAGAGGAGAGGAGAUAAAGAGUCUCAGCAGGCUACAAAGACAGCUUUUCACUUAUAGUCAUCAAAUGCAUACCUAAAAAGAAGAAUGUGAAGGAAUGCAUCUUGAGGCUUGGGCUACAUCUCGGAAGAAAGGAGGAAAGCUGAGUGAACCUGAAUACCUUGUUUUAGGUAAGCAGUAUGAACUAUGUAGGCCAGUUGCUGGGGACAGUACGGGAGCUGUAUAAAGGCCUAAAUCAGGCUACUCUUUCUGGCUGCAUUGAUGUGGUGGUGGUGAUGCAGCCUGAUGGAUCUUUCCAGUGCUCACCUUUCCAUGUCCGCUUCGGCAAGCUGGGAGUUCUGCACUCCAGAGAGAAAGUGAUUGACAUUGUGGUUAAUGGGACACCAGUUGAUCUGCAUAUGAAGCUGGGUGAUAAUGGAGAGGCUUUCUUCGUCCAGGAGACCCAGCAGGCUGAUGAAUUGGUCCCUGCCCAUCUGGUUACUUCACCAAUCCCAACUGAGGAACCAAAGUUCUGGGGCCGGGACCCUCAUAUGUGUGAAUCGUGCAAUGAGAACGGAGGAAUAGAGGAUGAGGGGAGCACCAUGAUAAAAAAGAAGAAAAGAAGAAAGAGAAAACAAAAAACAACUGAGCAGAGGAGAGAAGAGUCAGAGAUGUCAUUAAUCUGUGCACAGAGGGAUUCAGCUGAACACAGACAGCAUAUUCCUUCUCGCCACAUAGAUAAUUACCCACUGUCUGAUGGAGACUGGGCUCCAGACACUACGGUGUCAGAGUCUAGCUCUCCCAAGAGUGACUCAGAACUGGCAGUAAGAUCACCAGAAAACGUCAUCCAGCAUAACAAGCAUAUGCAGUGGACAUGGGGAGAACUUCCAGAAGCCACCAAGUUAAGUUGUAGAGAAUGGUCGGAGCCUUCGAAGACAAUCAGCAUUAUACCAACAGACAGUACUCACUUUCGGGUCAUCGACAGCUUAAAAGCCGUGGCAACAGAGAUAGAGCAGAGGACAGAACCUGCUCAGACAAUCAUCAAACCUCAGCCUCAACCUGCCACCUCGAAACAAGAACCUCAGCUACAGCUACAGCCCAUAAUAAGCCACACAGACAUUAAAAUACCCAAACUAAAACCUCUACUACAUGGAUCAGAAUCUCAUUAUUCUGAACCUGACCCUGAUCCUCAAACACAAGGGAACACGUCAUGUCUCUACAAGUCAGAAACUCCAAAUGUGCACCACACAGAGGGUCAGACAUGCAGACUAGACCACCACACACCCCAAACUGAACAAUAUACAUCAAAGUCAAAGUCCUCAGGGUCAAAACCUGAUUCUACUGGUUCAGUGGAGGGAAGCCAGCUACCUGUAUGUGCGGCUCAGACUGAUGCUGCUUGUCUACUCAGGGACAAACCAGACACAACCUGCAAAAGGAAAGGAUUGAGGAAAAGGAGUCAGCAUCAGGGUCCAGAGGACAUCUACCUGGAUGACCUCACUGCAUUAGAACCACAUGUUGCAGCUCGCUACUUCCCCAGAAGUGAGUCAGUGGAACAGUGGGAAGAAGGGUGUGUUCGAUGUGGUUCUCCUCAGUCAGUGGGUAGCGCAGCCGCAGACAGCGGGACAGAUUGUCCCUCUGACUCCACACUGGACCUGCCGACCGUAUCGCUGUCGCUCUGUGGAGGCCUCGGAGACAAUGCUCAUGUUAACAAGGAGAAGUUUCUGGAACAUAUUGUCACCUAUAAGCAGUUUGCUGACAACCCAGGCAUCAUCGAAAACCCAAACAUGGUGGUCAAAAUUGACAACAGAUACUAUAACUGGACUCUGGCUGCUCCACUUAUCCUUAGUAUGCAGGCCUUUCAGAAAACACUGCCCAAGGUGGCUGAGGAUAACUGGGUGAAACAGAAAAUGCCAAAGAAAACAAAUCGCUGGUGGUUCUGGAGGAAGAACAGUGUACAACAGUCAGAGACCCAAAAUCCAGCAAGAAAUACUAUCUGUGAAAACCCACAGCAUUAUCCUGAGCGCCCUGAUCUGCAGCAGAAGGCAACAGCAGACUCGUCCACCGAUGAAGACUCUAAGGAGCUAAACACAGCUGUGUGUGUACAAGUAACAGGCUACACACAUACACACUCUUACAAGAAAUCACUACGGCUCUCAUCAGAUCAGAUUGCGACUUUGGGCCUUAAGGAGGGGCCGAACGAUGUGGUGUUCAGUAUCACAACGCAGUACCAGGGCACAUGUCGCUGUGAGGGCACCAUCUAUCUGUGGCACUGGAAUGACAAGAUCGUUAUCUCUGACAUCGAUGGCACCAUCACUAAGUCUGACGUUUUAGGACAUUUCCUUCCACAGUUUGGAAAAGACUGGACCCAUCAGGGCAUUGCUAAGCUCUACCACACUAUACAUGAGAAUGGCUAUAAGUUCCUAUACUGCUCAGCACGUGCAAUUGGGAUGGCAGGUAUUACUAGAGGUUAUUUACAAGGGGUUAAUGAUAGCGGCACGAUUUUACCACAAGGGCCUCUCAUGCUCUCACCAAGCAGCCUGUAUUCAGCUUUCCACAGGGAGCUGAUAGAGAAGAAACCAGAGAAGUUUAAGAUUGAGUGUUUAACUGACAUCAGAAAUUUGUUCCCUUCAAACUCUCAGCCUUUUUAUGCAGCCUUUGGCAACCGCAGCAAUGACGUGUUUGCCUACAAGCACGUGCAAGUUCCAACAUGCCAUAUAUUCACAGUGAACCCUAAAGGAGAGGUCAUUCAGGAGCUGACCAAAGGCAACAAGACAUCGUAUAGUCGUCUCAGUGAGCUGGUGGAUCAUAUUUUCCCUUCGGUUUGCAAAGAGCAAAGUGCUGCCUUGAAUUACCCAGAAUUUAGUUCCUUCUGCUACUGGAGGCAGCCUGUCACUGUGAUUAGUCAGGAGGAUAUUCUGUUACUCUGAUUGGCAAAGACUGGACGUGAUGUUAGCUGAAACGCUGUUAUUGUUUGUAACGAUUCAAACAUGAGCAUCAUAAUAAACAAGCGUCAAAUCUAUAAGAUCACAGGAAAAUAAAUAUACGAAUAUUAAGCAUGUUUCUAGAUAUGUGUAGUAAGAUAUGUGUACUUGUUCUACUGCAGGAUAAUUGUGCUUAUUUUUUAGUAUUUUAGCCAGCAGAACAAGACCUUUAUAAGCUCUGUAUAUAUUCAAUUCAAUUUUAUUUGUAUAGCGCUUUUUACAAUUGACAUCGUCUCAAAGCAGCUUUACAGAACAUAAACAUAGAACAAAAGGUUAAUAUAAAGAAUAAUAUAAAGAUUAAUAGAAUGCAAAAUUCAAGAUUAAUAUUAGAU